AUGAUGCAGGGCCUCACAGCCAAAUCUGCUGGCAAGGAGGCUCAUAUUGAUGACUUCGAGAUCCUCCACACCAUUGGUGAAGGCACCUUCGGUAAAGUGAAGUUGGUCCGGCACAUUCUGACCGGGACACAGGUGGCUGUGAAGGUCAUAAAGAAAAGGCGUCAGAGCUUCUCAAGUGUCCAGGCACUUUUCCGGGAAGUGUGCAGUCUGAAGGCUCUGAAUCACCCCAAUAUUGUAAAACUGGUGGGGGUGAUUGACACAGAGGAGACAUUUUUCGUGGUGAUGGAGUACCUCAGCGGGGGGGACAUGUACCGCUAUUUGAAGACCCAUGGCCGUAUGACAGAGGCGCAGGCCCGAGGCCCGUUCCAGCAGCUGGUCUCCGCCCUGCAGCACUGCCACCGGAGGGGCAUCGUGCACCGGGACCUGAAGCCACUGAGCCUCCUCUUUGAUUCCAACAUGAAUAUCAAACUUACAGACUUUGGCCUCAGCAACAAGUGUGAUGACAUUGUCCAACUGGCCACGAUCUGCGGCACACACCCUUAUGCUGCCCCGGAACUCUUCCUGGGGCAGAGCUACAGCGGCCCUGCGGUGGACGUGUGGAGCUUGGGAGUAGUGCUGUACACCAUGGUAACUGGGUCCCGGCCCUUUGUGGGAAAAGACUUCCAGGAGCUGCGGAAGCAAAUCCUACAAGGAGCAGGAUGGGCUGAGAAAGCCGCUCAUCCCAAAGAGGAAAUAUUCUCAUUGCCCACUUCACGUGUGGCCGCGGAGAAUAAUGAAAAAGAACUCGAAGAAACUGGAACCAGGCUUCAGGACGAUGAUUGGGAAAGCCAGCUACAGCUGGAAAUCCUCAGAAGCUGGGUUGAUAGAACAGAACCAGAAAAUCAAAUAACAGAGGGCCCAGCAAGGUUUCUGACCUACCCUGUAGCCCCCUGCCCAGCUGAGGGGGAAGUGAAUGUGGUCGGGGUGAGACAGGCUGACCUGGACACUGGACACCAGCUCUCAGGUUUGGAACCCAGAGCAGCUGAUCUUCCUCACCAUGAUGAUGAUGAUGAUGAUGAUAAAACUUUGCAAAUGGCAUCAUAA